AUGGCCAGUGCAGUGGUAGCAAACAAUAGCAGCUUCACAUCGCCUCUGGCAGAUGCGAAGUUUGCGCAGUUUGUUGGACAAUCUCACAUCAACGGAUUGAUCACACAGAUAUCUGAGCUGAGUCCAUGGACUGUGCUACUCACCAUUUUUCUGUGCAUGGUGGCGUACGACCAAUGUAGCUAUCUGUGGCAGAAAGGUUCCAUCGAAGGUCCAUCAUGGAAGGCUCCUUUCACAGGCCCUUUCCUCCAGUCAGUGAGGCCGAAUUUCGAGGAAUACAAGGGGAAAUGGGCCAGUGGCCCUCUGAGUUGUGUUUCUGUCUUCCACAAAUUCGUUGUCAUCGCAUCCGACCGUGAUCUGGCCCGUAAAAUCUUCAACUCGCCCAGCUUUGUCAAGCCAUGUGUAGUGGAUGCAGCGCAUAAACUGUUGGGCAAAACCAAUUGGGUGUUCCUGGAUGGCAAAGCCCACGUUGACUUCCGCAAGGGUCUCAACGGUCUUUUCACACGACAAGCUCUCGAAACAUAUCUACCAGGGCAGGAAGAUGUCUACAACGAUUACUUCGCUAGGUUCUUGAAAGUCUCCAAAGAUGCCGACGGUCCCUUCCCAUUCAUGGGGGAGUUCAGAGAAUUGAUGUGCGCAGUCUCAUGCCGCACCUUCGUUGGUCACUAUAUAUCAGAUGAGGCUGUCAAGAAGAUCGCGGACGAUUACUAUAAUAUUACUGCUGCGAUGGAGUUGGUUAACUUUCCUAUCAUCCUUCCUUUCACCAAAUCCUGGUAUGGAAAGAUUGCCUCUGAUAUGGUUAUGGAGGAGUUCUCCAAAUGUGCAGCAAAGAGUAAGGUUCGCAUGGCUGCCGGAGGGGACGUCACUUGUAUCAUGGACGCCUGGAUCAAGUCGAUUCUCGAUUCGAAGACUUACCGCGAACGCGAAGAGAAGGGCCUUUCAAUGGAAGGCAUCGAGAAACCUACACCAUUACUUCGUGAAUUUACCGACUACGAAAUUGCUCAAACAGUCUUCACCUUCCUGUUCGCUUCGCAGGAUGCCACGAGCAGCGCUUGCACUUGGCUCUUUCAAACUAUGGCACAGCGACCUGAUUGCCUUGACAAAAUUCGCGAAGAGAAUCUCCGUGUCAGAAAUGGCAACAGAGAUGCGCCAUGUACGAUGGAAAUGAUGGAUGAUAUGGUUUACACCCGUGCUGCCGUUCGGGAAUUAUUGAGAUAUCGUCCACCAGUCAUUAUGGUUCCAUACCUUGCUAAGAAGCCAUUCCCUAUCUCAGAUACCUACACCGUUCCUAAAGGUGCUAUGAUUAUUCCCGCUGUUUAUCCAGCUCUCCGCGACCCUGAAAUUUACGAGAACCCUGAUUACUUCGAUCCUGACCGAUAUGUAACUGGAGACGCCGAGACCAAAGGAGCAAAGAACUAUUUGGUAUUCGGCACUGGACCUCACUACUGCCUUGGACAAGUCUAUGCUCAAAACAAUCUAGCUCUCAUGAUUGGAAAGGCCUCGAUGCAUUUAGAUUGGGUACAUCACGCAACACCUCUUUCCGAGGAGAUCAAGGUGUUCGCUACUAUUUUCCCAAUGGACGAUUGCCCAUUGACCUUUACUAAACGCCCAGCAUAA